AUGAGCAAAAAACGAAAAUCGUCGAAGAAAUGCAACAACAACGAUGGUGACAAUUCCGAGCAAAUCGGAUCGGAUAGUGGCGACGAGAUGGCGAAGCCUUCAGAAGAGCAGCACUCUAUUCCGACUGAGAAUAGUGCCGUAGUGAAGGAAUCGCAAGAAGUUGAUCAAUAUCGCGAAGAAACUCUUCCAAAUUCUGAUAAUCAGUCAAACCAACCUCGUCAAGAAAACGAUGUUGACUCAUCGUUAAGCAGCACAGCUGAAUCAUUGCAGACCAAUGAAACUGAGGCAGUGAAAAAUGCGCAGAAAAGUGAGCAGCGAUGUGAAGAUGGUAAAAUUGAAAAACCAAAUGAAAUGAUACCGAAAGAUAGUAAUUAUGAUUCUGCUGAAAAAAUCAACGAUCCUUCAGAGCAGCUGUCGGAUCAAUCGAAAUGUCAAAUCGUUAUCGAUGAAUCUGAGACGAAAUCAGACUCGAACGCCAUUGACAAGGCUCACACUACGAGCGUUCGAAGUAGAACGAAUAGUGCAGAACGCGAUGAGCAGUUGCUGGAUGACCGGUCGAGCCAAUCACAGAUAACGUCGACGGUU